CAUGAUAUAAAAUUUCUAGUUUAUCCACAACAAAAGAAAGUUGGUAAAGAAAAAGCCGAAGUUGAUAAAGAAAAGCAAAAGGAAGUUAGCGAAGAAGGAGCCAAAGUUGAUAAAGAAAAGCAAAAGGAAGUUGGCGAAGAAGGAGCUGAAAUUAAUAAAGGAAAGCAGAAGGAAAUUGUUGUUCCUAGUCGUCAAGAGUCCAAUAUUAGCGCAUCUGAUGUUAACUAUCAAGAUCCUAAUAUUGAUGAUACUGAAAUUAUAGAGACUUUUGCAAAUACCAAAAUCUUUCUACAACGUUUAUUAGAAUCAGAAGAACCAGAAGAUCAGAAGGAGGAA